AUGGAAACAAUGAAUAUCUGGACCCAUCUUCUGGGCUCGGUAGCCUUUAUUGUUGUUGGUUUCGCCCUGAACCAUUCUGUCUCGAUCUCAAAAGACUUGAAUUUCACCUGCGGCGAUGUAUUUGCUUUCGGGUCCUUCUUGGUCUCGGCAACCAUCUGCUUUGGCCUCAGCGCUGGAUUCCACACCCUAAGAAGCCACUCUUACAAUAUCCACCAUCUCUGGGGCAAAAUGGAUAUUCUGGGCAUCUGUUUCCUCGCCCUUGGAGCUGGUACCUCUAUGACAUAUUACGCAUUUUAUUGCAGACCCUUCAUCCAGCGGGCGUAUUGGGGACUCAAUCUCUUCUCUGCGAUUGGCGCUGCCAUUACUUUGUUUGAUACCGGCGGUGGAGGCAACAAAAUGAGAACUCUGCGAGGAGGUGUCUUCUCUUUGCUCGCUAUCUCUGCCAUGCUGCCUAUCCUCCAAAGCGUGAUUGAGUUGGGCUGGACUCAUGCGAGUAAUGAAAUUGGGGCUGGGUGGUAUCUCGCAGAAGCACUCUCCCUCUUGACCGGAGUGAGCGUUUUCGUCUGUCGAUUUCCGGAGAGACUGAGCCCAGGGACCUUUGACAUUUGGGGUCAUUCACAUCAGCUUUGGCAUACAUUUGCUGUGCUUGGGGGCGCUUUCCAUAUUGUUGCUUUGGUGGCUGCGUACGACUACCGUCGGAUGCACAAGAUCUGUUGA